CCUUUGCCUUUUGCUUCGCCUGAAACUUCGAAACUUUUGCUUCGUCUGAAAUUUUCAAACUUCCAACGUUCGGUAGUUUGUAUUGAAACAAUAUCAAAAUGAAUUUCAUAGAGUUUUGGUGUUUCUUAGCUUUUAUCACUUCAAGCAACUUGAAUGAAGAAGGAGUCGCAGCAGCUGGUGAUUUCCGGUACCUGACAGGUUACGCCGGUCCCAACCAAACCGGCGCCCACUACCAGUUCACGGAGUACAUGCCUGACCUAAGCAUGGUGCAGAUGGACAACACCAUCGAGAGCUCAUGUGGUUUUGGAUUCUGGGUGAUAUACGACGCUGUGAACUACGACCAGCUUAACAAUGAUACUCGGUGCACAACGGCGCCGUUGGGCGGGUGCGGAAACUGGGCUUCUUGGUGCCAAAACCUGGGGUCGUCGCUGAGGUACGCAGGAAGUCCGUACGGCCUCAACGAUGACUACUACAGCCUGUACGAGGGCACGAACUUCAGGGGCAAAGAGUUCAGGGGCAACACAAACGCCGCUGACUUAGAUGACCUGGACAUGGCCGUCUCAUCGCUUAUCGUAACCGGACAGUCGGGGUGGACAUUCUACACCGACGUCAACUUCACUGGUUCCAAUGUGUGCGUGUUCGCUAAUGUACACGCCUCAAACGGUGACAUCCAUCUUGACUACGCAAUGAUCACGCACGUAGACACCCUCGGUGUUGCCGACAACUCCAUCAGGUCUGUGGCGAGGGGCUGCCUCAGCGAGAGCGUGCUGGGCCACCCCGGCGGUGAACGCCGCGGUCAAGACGCCAGCAACUGAACAGACGCAUGUAUCGCAACUGACUGAGUCACAUUAUAAAAAACGUCCGUUGCUGAGCUGCCCGCGGCUAGCUGGUCCCGAUCCUUCCCUGAUCAUUCCCAUCCUGACCAAACUAUUGAAGAUAAUUCUUUCGAAUGAAGAUUUGAGCCUUGGAUGCCCAGUGGCCUGUAAUCCUUGAAGUCUGGACUAUGGCCUAGCUAAAUUAUUGAACAAUCAAGUUGCCAUAAUCCACUAAGAAGCCUGAAUCUUGACCUACCUUGACCGUUCCUUACAGAGAAUCAUGAA